AUGGACGAGGGCAGCAUCAGGACCUCCGGUCGUCAGUCGAUAUUUGUGGGUAACCUGAAUCCCGACUUCUCCAAGGAGCUGCUGUGUUACAUGCUGAAGGACUUGAUCGCUGCCGUUGGCGUCGUGCUCCAGAGACGCGACAUAGAAGUCUUCAAGAAGCACAAACGGGCCCACGCGUUUAUCCGCGUGAAGAAAACGGGCGAAUUCCAGGCCAUUUUAGAUGAGCUCCAGAACCCUGCCAUUCUGGAGCUCGCCAACAUGAAGGACUUGGUGGUCAGGGGGAAAACACUCAACGUGGCCAAGGAUAUGCGAGACUUCUCGGAAUACACCAAAGACUCCUCUGAUAAGUGCAGUCCGGCCGCAGGUUCCAAACGCGAAGCCGCGAGCGCGAGGAGGAGACCGGAGGCGGGACAGGGGCUGGGGGUCAGUCUGCUCGGGGCCAGGCUCGCGCUGUGGCCGAGCCGGCUGGUGGACCGCAUGGCCACCCCGUUGAUGAGCACCAAGUCGGACAGCGCCAUCAUCGGCGGAGAGAUCUCCGGGCAGGAGCGCUUGUUUUUCGGGGAGCAGAUGGGGAGCGAGACGCGCAACGUGGAGUUCAAGCGGGGCGGAGGGGAGUACAUGAACAUCGCCUUGAAGCACCACAUCAGGAAGUACGUGUGCGCGUUCCUGAACAGCGAGGGGGGCAGCCUGUUUGUGGGGGUGAACGACGACGGGACGGUGUGCGGGGUGGAGUGCACUCACAAGGACGAGGACAGGGUCAGGCUGAUGGCCGAUUCAGUUCUGAAAGGCUUCAGGCCACCCCUCUUCCCGGGCUCCUACUCCAUCCACUUCCUCCCCGUCGUCAAGGACGGUCACUCGGGCCUCUUCCUGAAGGUGAUGAGGUUGACCGUUCAGAUACCGAAGAAAGAGGGAGAUGUUCUCCUCUACGAGACAGACCAGGGGGAAGUCUACGUGCGCAGAGAUGGAAGCGUCCAAGGUCCGCUCUCGGGAAGCUCCAUCCAGGAAUGGUGUCGGCAGAAAUGGACGGCGGAAAUCAAGAAGUUACAGGACAAGAUGGACCACUUAGUGCGAGAGGAGCAGUACCUGCAGGAAAAGCUCCGACGGAAGCAACAAUCGAUCGUUGAGCUCCAGCAAAACCAGCAGGACAUGCAAGUCACACACUCAGGGAAAGCGACAAACCAGAGUCGAGAGGGAGAAAGAAUGCCAGUGAUGGACGGACAUGUUCUCCGAAAGGACGUGGGAAUUUUCAGGUAA